AUGUCCAACCAAAACGUCCGCAAUGCUGGUUUCACUUCCUCUGGGAUCAAAGGAGGAUCGCUUGCUUCAUCGAUGAUGUCCCGGGAAGCAAAAGGGUCUGGGGGAGGCGUGCAUUCUGGAGGCCCUACUUCUACUCUGCAAGGAAUGGGUGCCAAAGGCUCAACCCAUUCAUCAGGCUUUACCAGCAGCGGGAUCUCCCGUGGUUCCCAAGCCUCCCAGAUGAUGUCCCGGGAGGCCAAAUCCCAUGGAGGGGGAAUUCCCAGGAGCGGUACAACUUCCACUGUCCAGUCCAUCUCAAUGGGUGGCAAAGGAGGAAAGCACUGA